AUGCAAGGGGGCUAUGGUGGCAGCGGCGCAUUUGUCUUCAUGAACUCACUGGCGACCCUCAACGUGAUCACUGGAGAGGUGGCGGACCUGCGGCCCUCCGGAGUGCCGCCCACCGUGCGCGCGUAUCACACGGCCACGGUGAUCGGCCACAGCCUCUUUGUCUUCGGCGGCAGGGGCAAGUCGGGCGUGAUACCCGAGGGCGACCCCACGCUCCUCUGCUGCUUCGACGCGCUGCAGAACACCUGGCGCGCUCUCAGCCCCGGCUCUGGCGUGUACGGCCAGCCGCCCUGCCCGCGCAGUAGCCACCGCGCGGUCGCGUUCGCGGGCCGCGUGGUGCUGUUUGGCGGCGCGCCGCAGUCCAGCGACGAGGCGCGGGAGAGGAUGGGAGACAUCCACACGCUGGUAGUGACGCCAAGCGGCGAUGUCGUCUGGUCAGCCUGCGAUGACCCGGGGAGCAGCAGCAAGGAGCGGCCCGCCGGCCGCUCCGCGCACAGCAUGGUCCUGGUGGGGCAGCAGGGUCUGGCCAUUGUCGGGGGAUAUGCGGGCGCCGGCGCCGCCGCCGCCGCCGCCAACAAGGGGAAAAAGCCGACCCAGUACAAUCAAGACGUCUGGGCGCUGCGCCUCGACAGGGCCGCGCCCCAGCGCUGCCCGGAGGUGCAGCUGGCGUGCGGCGCGGAGGCCCCCGGCGGUGGCGCGCGGCAGCGGCCGCGAGCGGCGGCGGCAGGCGCGGGUAGGGCGAGGCAGCAGCAGGGUGCGGCGCAGGCGCAGAACACGCGCAAGCGCUGUGCGGGCAGCGGGCGGCGGGCGAGCCCCGGAAGGGACGACGCGGCAGCCGGGGCGGGGGACGGCGGUUGGAAGCAGACCAAGCGGCCACGUCAGCAGGCGUCCGCAGCCCACCAGCAGCGGCCAAACAGCUUGCAGCAGCACCCGCUGCUGCGGGGUGGCAACAACCAAGCCGGCGCGGCAGACCUGCCUGCGCACGACCAACAGGGGGCCGCGCCUCAGGCCGGCGCCAGUGGCUUUCUCGGAGACCUGGACGCCGGCGCGCCGACCUCGCAGCACGGCGCCGCCGGCGCCCUGCUCUCCGCCGCGACGCCCGCCACCUGCGCGCAGCAGCAGCCCCAGCCCCAGCAGCAGCAGCAGCAGCGGCCGCCGCCAUCGCCGCCGCGGUCGCCCGAGUACGAGCAGGGGCGCGCGGACGGCUACCUAGAGGCGCUCCUCAGGAAGGACAACGACGUUCUCAGGGAGGCCCUCGAGGCCGAGCGCCGCGCGACUGCAUUCCAGCAGGGCCGCCUGGAUGACCUGGAGCGCCAGCUGGCGGCCGCCCGCGAGCGCGCGGCCGGCGCCGAGGCGUCGCUGUCGGCCGCGUCCGACGCGCUCGACCAGGAGCGGCGCCGCGCCGAGCGCGCGCUGCAGGAUUUGCAGCGGGAGGGUGAGCGGCGCAUGGCCGCCGAGGAGAGGGCGGCGGCAGCGGACGGCGAGAGGCGGGAGGAGCGCGAGGCGGCGGCGCGCGUCGCGGCGGCGCUCGCGGAGGCGCGGCGGGGGGCGAAGGAGAAGGGGGAGGAGGCGGGGCGACUGCAGGGCGAGCUGGACGCCGCGAGGCGCGGCGCGCGCGUGGCGGCGGACGCGGCGGCGCGGGACGCGGAGGCGGCGGCGGAGGAGCGGGGGCGGGCGCAGGCGGAGCUGGCGGAGCAGCGGUCGAAGGCUGCGGCGGCGGAGGAGCGGGUCGCCAGGCUGUCAGAGGCCCUGACGCGUGCAGAGGCAGCCGCCGCGCAGCUGCAGGACCAGGUGGCAAAGGGUGACCAGGAGCGCGUCGCGCUGCAGCAGCAGCUGGACUCUGAAAAGGCGGCGGCCGAGUCAGCGCGGGCGCGCGGCGAUGACUUGGGGCGCCAGCUGGCCGCGAGCCGGGCCGAGGCGGCGGCAUCGAAAGAGGCGGCGGCGGGCAAGGAGGCGCAGGCGCAGUCCCUCCAGGAGCAGCUUUCCAAGAUCCAGUCCGACCACUCCGCGCUGCAGUCGCGCCUGCAGCAGGAGCGCCAGCGCGCCGCCGACGACACCGUCUCGCACCGCCGCGCGCUGGAGGGGCAGGUGGCCGGGUUCGACAGCACGCUCAAGGCGGCGCUGGCCGGCCUGGCGGGGGCGAUGCAGCAGGAGUUCAACCGCGCUGAGGCGCGGCGCGGGGAGGGCGCCGGCGCCGGCGCCACCCCCACGCGCCGCGCCCCCCUGGACAAUGAGUACAUCAUCGGACUCGUACUGCAGCACCGUCGCCAUCUGGCCUUAGCCACCGUGUGCGUGCUGCUCUGCACGGCCAGCAACCUGGCCGCGCCGGUUCUGUCUGGGCUGCUGUUCGAAACGCUGGUGCAGCAGCAGCCGAUGGAGCGGUAUGCAAAGGUUUUCAGCGUGCUUCUCGCGGGGUACGUGCUGGAGCCCCUGCUGACCAAGAUUUACAUGGUCAACAUCAUCGCGCUGGGCGAGAAGGUGGGCGGAAGCUGCCCGCGAAGCCGUGGCAGCCGGCCCAAGGGCGCGGCCGGCGGCGCUUCGUGCCUGGGGGUGCUGGCGACGCUGCGGCUGGAGCUGUUCAGGACUCUCCUGAUGCAGAAGAUCGAGUUCUUCGACCGCCACAGCGCCAGCGAGCUCCAGGGGCUGCUGAGUGUGGAGCUGGACACCAUGCGCAGCUUCGUGUUCAGCUAG